GUUCACAAGUAUAUUUUAUAAUACAGAAUAAAAUCUCCGUGGGGUUCGGGUAAAAAAUACAUGGUUUUGUACUCUGUAUGUUGUCCAUUUUGUACAUAGGCCAUAGGGUACUACUGCAUAAUAUCUUAAAAAAAAAGUGUUAAAUCUAGUCGCUAACUCCAUAGAUAGGUAUUCUUUUUUUCAAAACUCCGAUAGACUAUUGACAUGACUAUCGUCAUAUUUUGAAGUUAAUCCAAUUCAUUGUAUUUUUAUAACGUUUACACAUGGACAUCUAAAUUAAAAACUGCCAUGGGUCGAAUGUCGGGUAUAAAAUGGGAAAAAUCUACACAAUGUCGACCUGUUCACAACAUCAUUUCUUCAGAUUUUCCCAAAUAUAACCCUCAACCAUGGAAGUUUAUGGAAGGUCACCCACGUAUAGAAUGGUUGCUCUCAUACGAGUAUCAGAGAAUGUGGAUAGAUGAAAUUGAAGCUUGGAAGAAGCGAAUGUAUCCUGAAAAUACCACAGUAAAUGUAGACGUCGUGAAACGUUAUGUUCUUACUUUUAAAACAAAUCAUCAACCUCCAAAACCCGAAAAGAAGAAACCAUUUAAAAUGAAAAAGUUUGAAGGUAUUAAAGGUAAACUGGAUUUUAAACGCCCACCAAAUGAUAAAGCGAUGAAAGGAAAUACAGCUCAAGAAAAUAGUAAAAACGAAUAAAUAAUAUAGACGUGACAUUUAGUGGAUACAUUUUCUAUGCAUAAAGUAGGUUCCAAAUUGACUGCAAUAAAAACUACAAAAUAUCCAAAA